AUGAAUGACCUACUUCCUUGCCUGCACACGUGUCAGACAGCGCCUGGUGCGGGGGAGGGGGCCGAGGGCGGGGGGGAGAAGAAAGGGGACCGAUCGCCUGGUGGGGAGAGGGGGGAGGAGAAGGAGGAGGAGGAGGAGGAGGAGGAGGAGGAGGAGGAGGAGGAGGAGGAGGAGGAGGAGGAGGAGGAGGAGGAGGAGGAGGAGGAGGAGGAGGAUUAG